AUAACGCACGGCGUCUCAUAUAUACCUACCGGAAUCUGGCGAGGACUUGAUUUCGACUGCAGCAGGUUAACUUAAAGUAAACGUAAUUUGUGUCUUUUUCGCUAACGUACGCGAGCUUAGUUAUUCAAAUUCAUUAUGAAUAUGCCUAAUUAAAAUUGAAUCUGAAGGUUGUUGCAACACUAUUAUCACUAUAUCUCAGAAUCGACGUUAUCUGCCGACGAGGUCUGGAUCCGGCUGCAUCAGAUUCCAACAAUAACGGUCCAAGCGUGAUCUACCGCCCGUACCGGUACCGGCGCGGCGGCGUGCCGUGGUGGAUGCCCGAUUAUGUCGACGAUAUCGUGCUUUACGUGUGGAUUUGUUCCAGACAAGACUAAUCCGAAUCCGAAGGAAAGAGUGCAAGCAAGGUGGAAAAAUUUGAAUUCAAACUUUGAGGAUUCAAAUAUAAGACUUGGAGAUGUUCUCACAAGAUCAGGAACGGAAACAGGUGGUGAGUGGACAUGGCAUACGAAAAGAUGCUGCCGAACUUGUUGGAGAAUCCAGUUCCAGUGGGACAGAGCAAGGCAAACUCUUGAAAGAAUGAGUGUUGAAUGGUCGGAAAGAUCAGUAACAUCACAGCGUUUGCCAACACUUGGGCAUCACAAAACUUCUUCAAGGAAAAACUUCAAAACUUCUCUUGUCAAGCACAUCCAGCAAUCCAAAUUCCAGUAUGUCUUCAGGAAGCUGAUAAGUAAAAAGUCUGUCAAGGAAGUAUGGGUUAAAGAAAUCAAAAAAGCGAUCAGGCAAGAAAUGAAAAUGCUCAGGAAGGAAAACAUCUGUCCCUCAUUCAACAGAAAGCAGAAUGGUAAAGUAAAAUGGAAAUCAGUCGUAAAGCGUGUCAAGAAGGUAGCUCCGCUCUUCUAUGAGGUGAUUCUUGCUUCUAUGACCAAAAGUGACUUCCAACAGGACUCGAUGACAAGGGAAGACUUCAAAUUGCUUAGUCCCAGGGUAGGCAUGAUGAUCAACUUGCCAUUUUUUAACCUGCAUGGUGAAUGCAGAAGAUAUCAGCGUGAAUUAACCCUCAACCUGUUCCGUCUUGGUGGGAACAAAGCGGUCAUUGACUUUCUGUACCAUCUUGGAAUAACCAGAGGAUAUGUGUAUGCUUCAAGAUAUAUACGAAGGAAGAAGAAUUCUGUGUAUAAAUGGUGCAAAACAAUAGAGGCUGAACAGAACUCACCUGGAGCUCACGCAAGGGACGAUAUGCAUCCUGGCUUUGCGCUUAUGAUCAGGAAGCCCUAUGAGAAGUCUAAAAGGACCUCCAAACCCAAAACAGGAAGGCACUCAAGACUGGAUUGCUACGGAAUGGCUGCCAAGAACAGGGUCCCCUUUAGACAUCUCCCAGAUGAGACCCCCAAGAAAGCUUGUGAGCUCUCUGUCAGCGUCUACCUGCCCAAUCAAUUAGACUAUUUUGAGUUACGUAUGAGGAUGCAGGUAAUAAUUGAAAGGAUUCUCCAAGCCAAUCUCGCUUUGUUUGCCGAUUAUCUUGUGACUGAACACAUACCUCACGAAUAUUCCUCACUGUGUGCAGAUAAAAGUGACUUUGUUGAUCUUGGGAUCUUAGAUGGUAACUCCAGCACUCCUGACCAGGCCUCAGAUCUGCUUCAGAAACUAGAAGAACACACCCCAAAGGGGUACUCCCUUCCAUUGUAUGGUCAUGCAGAAAUGAUAAAGAAUGUCAGUAAAGCUCAGGGCUCUGUAGAAGGUGAUGGCCGACGGGCAUUGAUACCAGUACCUCAAGAUGAUCAUUUGAGAUGCAUAAUGAUGAGGGACAUCAUGACGGACCUUUAUGAGCCAACAAGCCCAAAUGAGAGAGCUACCCUGCGGAAUCUGAUUCAUAUGUUCGGUCACGAUGGCAUCAAGGAUAAGAAUCCACCUUCUCAUCACCUGGAUGAUUUCUUAUUGUUUGUGUGCUGUGCCAUGGUUGUAGGUUUUGCUCUCGAGGUACUGAUCAGCAAUGAAGAUGAAAUGGACGAUGUAAGGCCAGAAGCUCUCUUGACCAAGGUUUCAGCAGAGGUUGUCCGCAGAGUCUGGCAUCAGAUUCCUAUGGAUCAAAUCACUGACAUCAUCAGUGCCAAGAUCAAAUAUGACAAGGACUCUGACGAAAGAUUCUGCUUCUGCAAAGAAAAUCAUGAGGGGGAGCGUAUGCUAGCGUGCAGCAACAUUAACUGCAAGAAUGGGAAGUGGUUCCAUGAGCUGUGUAUCUCUAAUCCACAAGUGGGUGAUGAAUGGUACUGUAGUCCCACCUGCCAGUCUUCGUGCGGUGGAGAGUACUGUGUAUGUAGGACCAAGACGGAUGAGCAGCUGGUCUGGACCUGUGCAAACAAGAAGUGCAAGCGGGGGAGAAAGUUCCACCAUAGUUGUGUGAGAUCUACUGUGCCAGUAGCCCAAGGUCAGCAGUGGUAUUGCUCUUCACAAUGUCGGAAGGGUAGGAAUGAUGUUGAAGAAGACCAGGAGCUACGGUACCUGGAAGCGGUUACCUGGCGAUGUCUCUUCAAUGAAUGUAUGAGGGAUGCAGAAAGAGAGGGUGAUGGAGAAGCUCUCAUGGGUUACUGGAGAAUCUACAUGCCAGAACUCUACAAGAAAGGACAUGAUGGCUUCUUCCUGGCUGCACAGCGUCUUCUUGCAGGUAUAUCCGGGUGUAUGGAACCACGUGUCAGACAGGAAGUGAUCCAUAAUAGGACGAUGAACUUUGAAGGUGGAGCAGGAAAGAAUGUUUCAUUGGAUAUCAAGGACAUAGGAUUUAUCCAUCAAAGCAAAGAGAUCAAAUUGUUAUUCAAGAAGAGUAAUAGAGUUGAAGAAGAAGAUGAUGAUGAUGCAGGGCAGGGAGAAGAGGAUUCCAGGUCGAAGAAACAGAAGAUGGACAGACCUGGAGGAGAUGAAAACAACACCAGACAUCCUGUCACAAACCGAUAUGCAAUCUUCAAAUCCGAUGUAGCAGAGUUCCAGAAGAAGUUCAGUGAUGAUGAAUUGUUCAAAGAAACCCGAGGACGUUGUAUUCCUUCCUUGGUAGGCAAGUCUUUUGAUCAAGACUAUACUAGAAUUGAAAUGAUGGGCAUGAAGAAACGUCUGAUGGCAUUGAGUAAGGAGUAUGAUGAGGGGCUUACAGGAGUGAAACAAUCAAAGAAUAUUGACAAAUCAAGAUCUAGUUCUAGCGGAAAGAAGAAACACCAAAGAGAAGGUGCAAAAAAGAGAAAGCUAAUUAUUGUGGAAAAGAGUGAUGAUGAUAGUAGUGAUGAAGAAGAUGUAUCAAGUAAUGAGGAGGGUGAAGAUGAUGACGAUGACGAUGACAUGGAUGAUGAUGAUGAUGAUGAUGAUGAUGGGGAGGGUGACAGUGAUGAUGAUGAUGCUAGUGAUGAUGACGGUGAUGAUGAUAGUGACGAUGUUAGUGAUGAUGGUGAUGAUGUGAGUGAUGAUGGUAGUAAUGAUGGUAGUGAUGAUGAUGAUGUUGACGAUGAAGAAGGUGGCGGUGAUGAAGAAAUGUCUAGCGAAGACUGAUAUUGUAUCGAGUAAAAAAAGACUAAUUCAUGAAUACAACAAGAAUGAAAAUGCUGAGGAGUUGGUAAUGUUGAUGAUGAUCAUUGCUUCUAGGAGCAGGAAAAAAAUUGUAAAUCCUCAAAGUAAUUCAGAUUAUGAUGAGAAAGAAUAUUGAUACAUUUAGGACCAAUUGGUUGAUUUUCCAGUCGAUUAGCUUUCUAUGUUUUGUUUGAAGAAUUGGAUAAUGAAUUCAAUUUUGAAAUAGCAUCUUGAUUUAGGGGCAGUUCCAGGGUACUUUGGUUGGAGGGGAUGGGUAAGAUGGCCUUUAUUAAAAUGACAUACGGUAGAUUUUUUCCUCAAUGAAAUGAUAGGUAUAUUUCAUUUGUUAUUUGACCCAGCCUCCACUUUUCAACACUUUUCUUUCAUAUUUUUUCUCAUGAAAUUUGGAACACACAUUGGUCUUGGAGUAAAGAUGUGCAAGACACAGUUUUCGCAAGUGUUGGAAAUUUUAUUGCCAUGGUAACGGUAUAUUAUGGUAGAAAUUAGGUAAAAAUCUGGCAGUUCGAACUACUUCCUCAGUUUUAAACCAAUUGUCGUGAAAUUUGGCACACAUAUUCUUUUGCAUGUGUCCGAAGUCUUGUGCUACAUGAUUGGAAAUGCUAUAACUCCAGAUAAAUCAAAUAUUGUAAUAUUUUCAUAUGUAAUUUAUCUUUUGGCAUCUGUGUAAGACAGUUACUCAUCUGUAUUACUCUAGUAUGGUUGAGGAUAAUCAAAUAAAAAAAACUUGGGAACUAAUUAUUAAGUAUUAACAUUAAUUAAAUUCUGCACUUCAUCCACAAAAGCUAAGGGAGUCAUCAGACUUGUCAGAUCUGACAACUUUCUUUGAUUUUGAUUCUGAUUGGCUGAGAAUAUGGUAAAUGUCGGACAACUUCUUUCAUAAAAUAUUUUUCUGGCAUUAUGGCUCGUUUUGAUAUUGUAAACAAGGAAUUUUGUACACGGUCAACAUUGGUCAUUUUAUUUUAGGUUGUAACUAUUUUGAAGAGGAUAUCCUUCCAUUACUUGUUUCUUUUCUAAUCAAAGCUGAAUUAGAUCUACAUUGUUUUCUUCUUUAUUUCAUUAAUAUAUAUGUAUUAUGUACAUGUAUUACAAACCUUAUGUAAAAAAUUGUGUACAGAUUAUGUAGUAUUUCUCAAAUACUGUUCUUCAUUUUUGACCCUGCUGGUUGAGAUGUGCUGUAUUCUUUAUGUUAAGUAUGUCAAAUUAGAACAGGGGCAAACAAGUUUUGUUCACAACAAAGUAUGUUACAAGAUAUUCUAUCUUUAAAAUUAAAAAGAAAUCAAGGCAAGGGGAUAUCUCCGAGUUUGUCAAAUGUGCUGAACUCCAUGUUUGGUGCUGAUAUUGUGAAGAAUUUCAAUAGUAAAUUCUAUAUUUCAAUAUUUCAUGAGGAUAUCUCUUGUUUAGAUGGUGAAAUAAGCACAUGUGAAAAGGGUAUGAUGUAAAUUUGACCAAUCAAAAUAACUAUUUUUUAUGGGUGAUUAAAUGGAUGUGAACAAAAUAUUAUUCUACUAUCCCCUACCACCCUGAGACUUCCAAAUGAAAUGGAUAGUAGUCAUUAGUACCAUACUUUUUUUUACUUUCUGUCAGUAUAGAUAAACAGGCAAUGUCAGGGGGUUUUUUCACAUGGGUAGGGCUAGCCAUGGGAGAUUUAUUUAAAGGUCAAGUCCAUCUCAGACAAAGGUUGAUUUGAAUCAAAAGAGACAAAUCAAGCAAGCCUGUGCUGAAAAUUUUAUUAAAAUAAGAUGUAAAAUAAGGAAGUUCUGACAUUUUGAACUUUUGCUUAUUUUUGUCAAAACAGUUCUAUGCAUAACUCAGUGAUAUGCAAUUGAGACAGUUGAUGUUGUUAACUCACAAAUGCUUAAUAACUUUUUUAUUAUAUGAAUUAAGCAACACUUUAAGUUUUCCAGAUUGAUAAUAAGCAUCCUCUUGAUUGAACCAUGAAAGAUUAAGCCAGAUGGCAGUUUCAAAAGUUUUGAGAGGACUUAAAAUUUGUGUCACUUUGUAAUGAGGAGAAAAUUAAAAUACUUUUUUUAUAUUCAUAUCAUAAAUUACAAAAGAAAUAGUGAUUGGAUGAUGUAAAAGGUUCCCUCAUUUGCAUAAUGACCGGUAUAUGCAAAUUACUGUCUUGUGAAAUUACUCAAAAUUUGUAAAAUGUCAUACUAUACUUAUUUUAUUCUGAUUUUGAAUUUGAUGAAAUUUUCAGUAUGAGUUCAGCAAGAUUUUGUUUUUCUUUUUAUUCAAAUUGACUUGUUUGGGUGGACUUCCCCUUAGUUCCACAUUUAUGUGUUUGUAUCCUCCAAUUAAAGUCAAAUCUAGUGAACCCCUUUUACUCCUGAUUUUGGCUAGUCUCCUGUGCAAACCCCUCACUUGAGUUAAAGGUCUGAAUGUGCAGCCUACAUAUUUACUGAAACAGCAAGUUUUAUAUAUGCGAGUCUUCUGUGGAGACUCAAUUGUUGAUCAAAGCUUCAAUUAGGGUCUGUGCCUGCAGACUAGAUUAGGGCUAUGUGGAUUCUGAACAUUUUUGUUGUGUUGUGGAUUUUUCUUUAUUGCCCCCUCUCAAAAAUGAAUACAACAUGUGUUAAUACAUGUAUAUAUGUUUUUUUCUAAUUAAAACUUGCACAAGUUCACGAAAGCUAAGUGUUAUGUUCAUUUAUCUGCAUGGUUGCAUGGGGUUUUGCAUGAUGUGCAAAUUUCAAUUUAUUUUCAAUUCAAUAUUCCAAUAAAAAGCAAUGCAGAGUAUAGAAUAGAGUGAUAACACCAUACAACAAUGAUAAGGCAAACAAAGGUAUUAGAAAAAUAGAAUUUAAAGAAGAUACAUGUUCAAUUGAUUUGACUAAAAAGAAUCGCCUC